AUGAUCUCCGAAACUUGUAGGCUUAUGUGUAUCAGCGUCGCAGAUUUCCUCAGAACUACAUUGGGAAAAACUCUUCCAACUCUAUUCGCCAAUCGAGAACAAGCUGUGCUCGAUGCCAUGGACAAGGAACUAUCACAGACCCCCACGUCUAUGUUCUUGCAUAACAGCCAUGGAAUACUAGCGCAUGUGUAUCGACUAGAUCAGGGAACACAUAUAGAUGCCCAGAGUAUCACAAAGUCCUGUGUGAUACCACUUCUCGCUGAGCUCGUCACCUCGUUGGGUGAUCAUAAUGAAUUAGUGGCACAGAACGCCAUUGAUGCAUUGAGGAAGGUCGACAAAGUCCUGAAUGGGUCCGAUCGGGGAGAUCUAGGGGCUUUCCUGAAGAAUUAUAUGUUAGGAUUGAUAUCGCAUAUCAACGAUAUGCUGCAGGACGUGCAAGGGAAGAAGUCGGUUGACGCUAAAAAGAAGAUUCUGAAGAGUCUAGGAGUUCUCAUGACUCAGAUUGGGGCUGCAACCGCUAGCAUAGCUCCUCAGAUCAUGGCCACAUUUCAAACAAUGGUUGGCUUUCCUGAGUUGUGUGAAGAGACCCUCUACAGCUGGCAUCAAUUUAUCACCAUGCUCAAUGCAGAAGAAUUGGCUCCUCACGUUGGCUCAACUAGCGCCGCUUUCGUUACUUCGUGGUCCGCUUUCACCCUUCCUGCACGAUCACUAGCAAAAAAGACUCUAAAAUAUAUU